AUGAAAAACAAGAGAGAAGAAGAUAAUAUGGGGAUUGAAGAAAGUGGUAGUGUUUCGAAGAGGCAGAGAGUGGAUGAACAGUCUUCAGCUUCUGGUAUUGAAAACCCCCUUGUGCCUUACAAUGAUGUGGAUGAUGAAGAGGAGGAUUUUGAAAGAAGGAAAGCAAUUAAUGCUGGUGGUGGGGUGGAGGCGAGAAAUACAGAAGUUCUUGAGGCGGAGGAUGGUGAGGAUGAGGAGGAAGAGGAGGAGGAGGAUUUGUAUGGACAAGGGAAUAGUUUGGAGAGGAGGAAGAGUCAAUAUGAGCCUCGUGAAGAUUGCCCGUAUUUGGACACUGUUAAUCGACAGGUGUUGGAUUUUGAUUUUGAGAAAUUUUGCUCCGUUUCUCUGUCGAAUUUGAAUGUGUAUGCAUGUUUGGUUUGUGGGAAGUAUUACCAAGGAAGAGGGAAGAAAUCCCAUGCUUAUACUCACAGUCUUGAAGCAGGACACCAUGUGUACAUCAAUCUUAGGACAGAGAAGGUUUAUUGCCUUCCUGAUGGAUAUGAGAUUAUUGACCCAUCACUCGAUGACAUACGACAUGUCCUCAAUCCAAGGUUUACCAGGGAUCAAGUUGGACAGCUUGACAAAAACAGGCAAUGGUCCAGGGCACUUGAUGGUUCUGAUUACCUUCCUGGAAUGGUGGGCCUGAAUAACAUUAAGGAGACUGAUUUUGUGAAUGUCACGAUUCAGUCUCUAAUGAGAGUUACACCCUUAAGGAAUUUCUUCCUCAUCCCUGAAAACUAUCAGCAUUGUAAGUCUCCUCUUGUUCAACGCUUUGGAGAACUCACACGUAAAAUAUGGCAUGCUCGGAACUUUAAAGGACAGGUGAGCCCACAUGAAUUUCUCCAGGCAGUUAUGAAAGUUAGUAAGAAAAGGUUUCGCAUCGGACAACAGUCUGAUCCCGUGGAGUUCAUGGCAUGGCUUCUUAAUACACUACAUGCAAAUCUUAGAACUCCAAAGAAAAAUAACAGUAUCAUUUAUGAGUGCUUUCAGGGUGAGUUGGAGGUUGUUAAAGAGAGUCCUCACAAAGCUAUCACUGAGAAGAAAGAAAAUGGUGAUGGCCAGAAUUCUGAUCAAAGAAUUACUGAUCGUGAUAUUUUCACAGAAACUUCUAGAAUGCCAUUCUUGAUGCUUGGACUGGAUUUGCCCCCACCUCCUCUGUUUAAAGAUGUGAUGGAGAAAAAUAUAAUACCCCAGGUUCCUCUCUUCAAUAUACUGAAGAAAUUCGAUGGUGAGACUGUGACUGAAGUUGUCCGUCCUCGUGUUGCCCGGAUGAAAUAUCGUGUCACCAGAUUACCACAGUAUUUAAUAGUACAUAUGCAGCGAUUUAAAAAGAACAACUUUUUCAUUGAGAAGAAUCCUACCUUAGUCAACUUUCCUGUGAAGAACUUGGAACUGAAAGAUUUUAUUCCUUUGCCAAUGCCUAAAGAAAAUGAGAGAUUGCGCUCGAAGUAUGAUUUGAUUGCGAAUAUUGUCCAUGAUGGAAAGCCUAACGAGGGCUUCUAUAGGGUUUUUGUGCAGCGGAAGUCAGAAGAGCUAUGGUACGAGAUGCAGGACCUGCAUGUUUCUGAAACCCUUCCUCAAAUGGUUGCACUCUCCGAGGCUUACCUGCAGAUAUACGAGCAGCAGCAGCAGUAG